AUGGUAAAAAGAACAGGAAGAAAAGCUUUGUUUACUGGUGUUCCAUGCAUGUGGUCUCCUAUGCUAAUUGGCCUUUUCGUCCAAAUGAAGCUUAUAAGAUUGUGGCUGAAGGAGGAAAAAGCAUAUAUACUUCCAUAUUUAACAAUAGGAAAUUGUGUAACUCCAUUUCCAGUCCUUGCUUGCCUUCUUGAGGAUCUCAAGAUCCUUAAUUCUGAACUGGGUCGAUUGGCCCUAUCUGCAGCAUUGGUAAGUGAUUCUUUAAGCACAAUGGCUGUGGUGAGUAGCUCCUUGAUUAGAGUAAAAAAACGAGCGAGGCCUAUCAAAGACAUGUACAUUCAUAUCACUAUGCUAAUGGUUCUUGGCUGGGCAUAUCUUUCAUAUUUGUUUGGUCUUACUUCACUCUACGGACCUUUCAUUCUGGGUUUGGCAGUACCCGUUGGACCACCUUUAGGAUCAACCAUUAUCAACAAGUUCAAUUGUCUCAUUUCGGAUGUGUUUAUGCCACUCUUAGUAACUACUUGUGGGAUGAGGAUAGAUCUGAUUUCAAUCAAAUUUGAUAGCAGCUUCGUGACAGUCAACGGAAUCCUCAUUAUUUUGACUUUUGUGGCCAAAAUGGGGGCGUGUUUGAUUCCUACCUUAUACUCUAAAAUGCCUUUAAAUGAUGCUCUGGCACUCUCUCUUUUACUGAGUUGCAAAGGUGUAGUCCAACUUGUUUACUAUACACUUCUCAAAGAUAACGAGCACUCUUCACUCUUGGUGAAGUUCUUGUACGAUCCUUCAAGAAAAUAUGCUGGUUACCAAAAAAGGGAUAUUAUGCAUUGUAGACUCAAUGCAAAGCUCAAAGUCCUAGUUUGCAUUCACAAGCAAGAUGACAUUGCUGCUAAUGUCAUUCUCGCCUUCAAUCACUUUGAAAAAGUCAAUCAGGGUGUUGUAUUAGUAAACAUCUUCACAACAAUCUCUCAACUCAAGUACAUGCAUGAAGACAUAUGCAUCCUUGGAUUGGACAAACUUACUUCCCUUAUAGUACUACCGUUCCACCGAAAAUGGUCCAUUGAAGGUGUUGUCAAAUCAAAUGACAAUACUAUAAGGUCCUUAAAUUGUAGUGUGCUUGAACAAGCCCCAUGCUCUGUCGGGAUCCUAGUUGACCAUGGUCAUUUUGGCCGCUCAAUGAUUUCACCAGAUUCAUCCUAUUCUGUUGCCAUGAUUUUCUUAGGAGAUAAUGAUGAUCGAGAGGCAUUGAUUUUUGCCAAGCGCAUGGCCAAUCACUCGAAAAUUACCAUGACUGUGGUUCACUUUGUUGCCGCUAGCAAUGAAGGUGAUACCCACUGUGACAAAUUGUUUGACAAUGAGAUACUAAAUGAUGUUAAACUUACCAAUUUGGGUAAUGAAUAUGUGAUAUGCCUCGAGAAAAUAGUGAAAGAUGGGCCUCAGACAGCAUUGAUAGUUCGAAGUAUGGUGAACGAAUAUGACCUUAUUAUUGUUGGUAGACGGCAUAACGUAAAGUCUCCACAUACAUCUAGGCUUGUAGAAUGGAGUGAAUUUUCAGAGUUGGGGAUUAUGGGAGACUUGCUUGCCUCAUCGGAUCUUAAUAGCGGAAUUUCUGUUUUGGUGGUGCAACAACAACAAAAGAAGACCUAG